AUGGGUUAUCUCUCUUGCAAAGCCGGAUCCGCCGUAGCAAUCGCCGUCUCUUCUUCCGCAUCAACCUCCGGAUCUGGUAAACCUUCUCCUCCCGAAUCACCACCUGAAGACCGACCCAGGCUUCGUCGUUUUCUGCAUCGCGACCUUGAAGCGGCAACAGGCGGAUUCGCCGUCAACAAUCUCCUCGGUCGUGGAAGCCACGGAAGCGUUUACAAAGCGGUAAUCGGUUCACGCCUCGUCGCCGUCAAGAGACCUUCGAAAUCUCGAGAAAUCAGCCGCGAGUUCCGCAACGAAUUCGAGAUUCUCUCGAGGAUCCGUAGCCCUAGGUUCGUGAAUCUCAUCGGUUUUAGCGCCGAUAACGCCAAGGAUCCACUCAUCGUUGUCGAAUUCAUGGGUAACGGAAGUCUAUACGACGUGAUUCACUCUGAUUCACCUUCGAAUUUCGGUGCGAUUUCGAGCUGGGGAAAGAGAAUCAAAAUCGCGCUUCAGAUUGCAAAAGCCGUAUAUCUUUUACAUUCACAGGAGCCACCGAUCAUACACAGAGACAUCAAAUCGGCGAACGUGUUGAUGGAUAAGAACCUCAACGCGAAGCUAGGAGAUUUCGGUUUAGCGAUCAGAUGUAAUGCGGAUGAUCAGAAGAUGAAAUCGACUCCACCUGCAGGUACAAUGGGUUACCUAGACCCAGACUACGUUACGGCUGAUAGGUUAAGCACUAAAACAGAUGUGUUCAGCUUUGGGAUCUUGUUGCUUGAGAUAAUCAGUGGAAGAAAAGCCAUCGAUGUUAGAUACUCGCCGUCGUUUAUAGUGGAUUGGGCGAUUCCGAUGAUAAAAAGAGGGAAAAUCGGUGGGAUAUACGAUCCAAGGAUCGGAGCUCCGGUGGAUGUAAGCGUGAGGAACCAUCUGGGAUUGGUGGCGGCUAAGUGCGUGAGGACGUGUAGAGAGAAAAGACCAGGAAUGGAGGAAGUGGUUGGGUGGCUCACGGGGCUAACCAAGUCGGUUAGGUCACGGCGUUGGGAUGAGUUUGGCAUUGGAAACCCGUGUAUGAUGGUCGAGACCGUGGGUCGACCCGUGGAAUGA